AUGCCGCGAAUCGAAGCAGAGCGAGGCGAGCCUGACGAUGCACCACCAUCAUCCAGUUUCAGUCUCAGCAGCAGCAGCAGCAGCAGCAGCGGGACUCGUCAAUGGAGUGGUGCAAGUAGCAGUAAUGGCAUUGGUGGUGCUCGCUCUGGUGGCCUGCUGCAAGACCAGCUGAUGGCGCUCUGCAGCCAGGCCGUCCAAGCGUACCUGCAACAAUCGUCCGUCAGCAGCAGCGAGCCAGAGCAUCACUCAAGUCAAGCACCAGAGUCAUCAUCAGAGUCAUCACAGCCAUCUGAAGCACUCCAAGUCGCACCUGCACUCGGACGGCUGCUGCCUGACAUGGUUGAGCUGCUGCGACGCGCGUUGGACAAUCCGACCAGCAGCACGACCGCCGCCGCCCAGCUUCUGGUUGAGAGCAAGACCGAGUCAAGUUCCAUCAUCGGAAUUGAUGCCACUGCUUUUCGUGCCCCGAGCGACCGCCCCGGAACUGGAACUGGGUCGUCAUCCGCCGUGUCCACGGUCUCAGCCAGCAACUCGUCAACGACCCUGACCGCCGAUUCCGACGACCAAACAUCAUUAUCUGCAUCGACGGCGGGGCCAGUGACCAAGCGACAGCGCUCUGUCUCGAUUGACGCAAACGUCGUGGUGCCAACCUCUGACGUUUCGUCGACAUCCUCCUCUGUAUCCAGUCUGAGAGAUUUGGGCGACCACUGCGACGACGACGAGGACGACGACGAGGACGCAGACGGUAGUACUAGCGCCAGGAACUCGAGCGAUGACGACGACGACGACGACGACGACGACGACGAGGAGAACGACGCCGACAGGUCCACCAUCACCAGCGAGGACGAACUAGACAAGUCACUCGGCCAGCAACGGUCUCGACAGCGUGAGCUGCAGUUGUCAACCUCACCACAAUCAUCCCUUCGUCAAAAACGGCAUCACCUGAGGCGGCAGUCGGUUUGCGAUGAAGGCGUCGACCAAGCUGCUCCCUCAGCCAUCAGGAGGAUUUGGAUCCCGUCGUUCGACACC